AAAUGCAUGGUUUUUAAUUGAAUGCAAUGAUAAUUAAAAAAUAUUAAAAGUUUCAAAUGAAAUUGAAUUUUAAAAACUAGUGACAAAAAACAGCAAAAUUUCAAAAAUAAAAACAUAAAACUACAAAAAUAUUCAAAAAUCGUCAAGAGAAAGUUGAUUCGCAGCGAAUAUCUUUAGUUUAGUUUAUGUUUCCCCUGUCUUAUAUUUAUCGUGAUAUAAAAAAUAUAACACAAAUUUGUAUACCUGUGUUGUGUAUCAAUUUAAUCAAAAAUUAUAUAUAAAGCAACAACAAAGUGUAUAAAAGAGAAGGAAAGGAAUUGUUGUCAUUACUCACACCCCCUUAAAACACACCAAAGUUUUUUUUUUAUUUCACAUAACGUGGAGGAAAAAUAAUUUAAAAAAAAACCAGGGUGAAAAGGAAGAUAUUUACUAAAAGUUAUGAAAGAGACUCAAAAGAACGAACUUUAGUCAUCAAAAAAAAAAAACAUCUAAAAUACGAUAGCUGCAUCAGCGGUCCUUAAUUCCAUAACUUCAGUUCAAUAGCAAUGCUUUAACGAUUUAUUCAAAUCAACGCAUCCGUGAUACUUUAAAAUGCUUUCAAUUACUCGUGUCUUAAUUUUUAUAAUACAAACGCUACUUUUACUAAAAGUAACUUCCGCCGCACGUCAAACUAAUGUGGCGAGUCAUGAACGUUUCGGACAAAGAUUUGCAAUGCAACCACAAGAUCAAACUGCAAUUGUUGGCUCACGUGUGACAUUGCCAUGUCGUGUUGUGGCGAAAGUCGGAAACAUUCAAUGGACGAAAGAUAGUUUUGGACUUGGAGAGCAUCGAAAUUUGAGUGGAUUUGAUCGUUAUUCGAUGGUUGGCAGUGACGAGGAAGGAGAUUUUUCGCUUGACAUUUUUCCAGUUAUGAUGGACGAUGAUGCUGAGUAUCAGUGUCAAGUUGGUCCUGCUAAGCGACAACAAGGUUUGCGAUCACAUGCUGCAAAAUUAACCAUUCUUGUCCCACCUGAUAAUCCAAAAAUCAUACAAGGUAGCCAUAUUCUAACGACAGAAGAUAGUGAAAUUGAAUUAGAAUGUGUCUCAAAAGGUGGAAAGCCACCUGCAGAGAUAACAUGGAUUGAUGGCCAUGGGAAUGUAAUUCAAGAUGGAAUUGAAUAUAUGAGCCAACAAAUGGAAAAUUCAAAAUUAUUUGAAGCUCGAUCAGUAUUAAAAUUUACACCAAAAAAGGAUCAUCAUAACACGAUAAUAACAUGUCAAGCUCAAAAUACUGCAGAUCGAACAUAUAAAUCAGCAAAACUUAAAAUUGAUGUAAAAUUUGCACCUAAAGUGACUGUAUCAGUUGUAAGUAACACUCUUGAAAAUGGAAGAAUUCCCGAGGGAGCAGAAGUUCGAUUUGCAUGCCAUGCUGAAGCUAAUCCAAGCGUGGAUUCCUACAAAUGGUAUAUCAAUGAUGAACUAAUUAUUGGAGAUCAAUCAACGGAGUUGAUAAUACCAUCAAUUAAUCGAACGUUUCAUGAUUCCAUAGUCAAAUGUGAAGUAAAGAAUAUUGUUGGUAAAAGCGAAGAUAUUGAGACUCUUGAUAUAAGCUAUGCUCCAGUAUUUAGAAUAAAACCUCAAUCAGUUGAAGCUGAUGAUGGACAAACCGUUGUGCUUUCCUGUGAAGUUGACGGCAAUCCAACUCCCGAAAUUGUUUGGAUAUUUGCCGGUCACGACCAAGUAAGAAAGGUUGUUAGCACGUCGUCUAAUCUCACAGUAGUUGUAUCAAAAAAUACGAUAGGUGGAUAUUUCUGUAAAGCAAGUGUUCCAGGUUAUGCAGAUAUUAUAGAGCAAGCAACAAUAUAUUUAAAGGGAGCUCCAACGAUUACAUCGACACGUCGUCAGUUUGGUACAAUCGGCGAAAGUACUCGAAUUGAAUGUGUUGCAUUUUCAAUACCUAAGGCACGAUUCGUUAGUUGGUCGUUUAAAGGACAUGACAUAAAUAAUUCGAGUAAUGAGUUUCAAAUUCAAGAAGAUAUAUUGCCAUUCGGAAUUAAAUCCACGUUAAUAAUAAAGCGAAGCGAAUUAAAACAUUUUGGACAUUAUAACUGUACAGUAAUAAAUGAUUACGACAAGGAUAUAGUCGAUAUUGAGUUGAAUGCGGAAAAUAAAUACAAUUCGCAGCUGUUUUUUGUAUGCUUUGGUGCAGCUUUAUCAUUCAUAAUUCUGAUUAUAUUAAUACUUAUAUGGCUGAUGUGUACGAAAAAGACACAAAAAAAGCUUCCACCAGCUGAUGUCAUUCCUAAUGAUCAUCAUAAUUAUAUUGGAAAGUGCAAGGAGAGUGACUGCUCGUCCAAUAAAAGUGACAUAAAAAUAAAUCGAGAAAAUGAAUAUCUUGAGACUUGUUCAGCUCACGACAUGAGUUCAACAAAAAUUCCUUUAAAUACAUUUGGAUCAUCUUUAUCGAGUGCUCUUCCUGAUUUUCGCUAUUCGGGAGAUUUCACCGACUCAUUUGGCCAAUUACAGACAACAAAAAUAGGUUGUAGCAACAAUGGAUAUAUCCCAUAUGUUGAUUACAAUCGUGACUAUACACCACCACCAAGUUUAAACUUAAGUAAUUCUUUAAAACCAGUAUUAACUAGCUCGAGUCUAUCGAAUCAUUUGAUAAUGUGCACAUCAACAGCGACACCGACAAUCACGUCAGCUUCAAUUGUAGGAAUAACGACAGGUUCAAUAACAAAUGGUACUUAUAGUUUAACGAGAAAUCGACCACUAGAAAGACUUUUACAUAACACAUUGCCAAAUAGUGCGUCAUUGACACCCUCCAAUGGACUGACAAAUCAAUCUUUACUAAAUAUCGAUCCACGAUAUUCAGCAACAUAUGGAAAUCCAUAUUUAAAACAGCAUUCGUCAUUGAUUGGACCAUUAAAUACGGCUAAUCUUGCAAUAACACCAGCUCCACCACCUUAUUCAAAUUCAAGGGGCAGUAAUUGUAAUAGUAGUUUUUCAUCCACGACAACGAUAUCAAAUAUGAACGGUGGAGGAAGUAUUGUUGGUAUAGGUACAGCUGCAUUAACAUCCAGCACUACAGGACAAACGAUAAGUCCAUCUCGACAAUUUAUUACAUCAACGGCAUCUUCAAAAGCUGGAAAUCUAGCCACACAUGUUUAACUCUUUUUUUUUGCUUUACUUACAUUGAUUGUAGAGUAACGAAAAAACCUAUGAAUCUAACUGAUGAAAAUUGACUGAACAAAAUAGUGUCAUUAUAUAUAUAAAAUAAUAAUAAAAAAACCCCAAAACAAUGUGAGUGUGAUCACAUUAAUUUUUUUUACAUAUAAUCAAAAAACUAGGAAAAAAAACAGAAAAUAGUUUUAUAAUAAAAAGCCUAAGGUAGAUCACAUUAUAAUUAAAAUAUAACAAUCAUAGAUAUUUGAAAUGUGAUUUUAUCACUGGAAUUUUUUUCUUUCUUCAUCAUUUUAUUGUGCUGUAUUUGAAAAACAGAUUCAAUUCUUAGCUUUUUAUGAUAAAAGUGGCCUUACACUAAAACGUAAAAAAAAUUAAAUUUUGAUUUUUUUACCGUGCAUCGAAUCAAGUUGGUUAAAUCUAGAUCUUUGCAGUAAAUGUAGACAUUUCCUUUAUAUGCUUACUUCAAUUUAUCUUAAGAAAUGAUACGUCUUCUUUUAAAGUAUCAUAGACAAAAAUUAAGAAAAAUUAUUUUGAGGGGGUAACAACAUGAUGGGAAAAUUUUCAUCUAUUUUUUUAAAGCAAAUGAUUGAAAAUCGAUGAGAAAAUUUGAAUCUUUGUGGAAAAUUUGUGAGAAUUUCUCAACAUGCUGUUGUCCCCUUGAAUUAUUUGUAAUUAUAAAUUUGCAAAAGAUCGAAUUAAUCGAUAAAAAAAAGUCUUAAUGCUAAAGGACUGGUCAUUUAUGAUGCAAUGCAAGAUACCCGAAAGACACACGCUUUAAAAAUGACUG